UAAGUAGCUGGCUAUCAACAUUUACUAACAUAUUGUAUUAGAAAUAACGUUGUUCUGAAUUAAAAAUAUGUAAACUAUACCUAUUCAAUUGUUAUUAACUUUGUUUUUGCUUCACAUACCAUAUACUUGAAAGUAUGGCAAGCAUAAUAUUAAUAGCAUGCCUUGCUAUAUUGGGACUAAUCAUUGCAAUAGCUUUGUUUCUGGCGGGUGGGUAUUUGUGGUGGAGACACAAAAGAUCGCAGUUGCAGUUUAUUGAGCCCAAUGAAGACGAAGAGUCUAGUAGCUACAGUCUAAGAGCUGCUCAGGACAUCGAUUCCGGAAAUCCGCCUAGUAAACCACAAGUGCCGGUGGCGCAAACGAUUACAACUCCCCUUCAAAAUAACAUCAAUCGGAAAUUGAAUGGAUUCUUAAGCCUUAGAACUCCCCUAAUUGGUGGCUCGUCACCUGCACAAGCCAAAGCACAAAAUGCUUCUACAGGGGGGAAUACAAAUGAUGGUACCUCAAAAGAUUCUGCGAAUAAAAGUAUUUCCAUGACAGACAUGUACCUGGACAGCACGGACUCCAGUGAAAAUGUCGGGCAAAUACAUUUCUCUUUGGAAUAUGAUUUUCAAAAUACAACAUUAAUUUUAAAAGUUCUUCAAGGAAAAGAACUACCAGCUAAAGAUUUAAGUGGGACUUCGGACCCAUAUGUUCGUGUAACCUUGCUACCAGACAAGAAACACAGAUUAGAAACUAAAAUAAAACGACGAACUUUAAAUCCGCGAUGGAACGAAACAUUUUAUUUUGAGGGAUUUCCGAUACAAAAACUUCAGUCACGCGUACUACACUUACAUGUUUUUGAUUACGACCGGUUCUCCCGUGAUGACUCUAUAGGAGAAGUAUUUCUUCCUUUAUGCCAGGUUGAUUUUGCCGGUAAGCAGUCAUUUUGGAAGGCAUUAAAACCACCAGCAAAGGAUAAAUGUGGAGAACUUCUGUCUUCGCUUUGCUAUCACCCCUCGAACUCGAUUUUGACGUUAACAUUAAUUAAAGCGAGGAACCUAAAAGCGAAGGAUAUAAACGGAAAAUCUGACCCCUAUGUGAAGGUGUGGCUUCAGUUUGGUGACAAGCGAGUAGAGAAAAGAAAAACGCCUAUAUUUACAUGUACAUUAAAUCCAGUGUUUAAUGAAUCAUUCAGCUUCAACGUUCCAUGGGAAAAAAUAAGAGAAUGCUCUUUGGAUGUUAUGGUGAUGGAUUUUGAUAACAUUGGGCGGAAUGAGUUAAUAGGACGAAUUCUAUUAGCCGGAAAAAAUGGUUCUGGUGCGUCGGAAACUAAACAUUGGCAGGACAUGAUUUCAAAGCCCAGACAAACUGUAGUACAAUGGCAUCGCUUAAAACCUGAGUAAAUUUAAGAUUUAACUUUCAAUUUGAGAAUAUGAUAACAACAGUGUAUGCAUGCACAUACAUAUGUACAUGGAUUUAUACAUACCAUUAUCAUACCAUGCAAACACACACAAUUAGCAGUAUUUAAUACAGUCUGCACAAAACAUAAGUAUAAACGCAUUGCACAUUGGUUGGAUAUUUAAAAUUUAAUACCGAGCGAACGAAUACGGAUACUACAGAAAAUAAAUCUAACUUCACUUAUUGCUCUGAGGUUUCAAAGCCUCAAAAACCUCUCUGAGCAAUACUUAGUUUUAUGAUUACUUGCCUAGGUAGAUAUAUGUACAAAUAUACGAGUAUUUGUAUUUGUGCGUGCAUGUACUUACAUACAUAUACCCAUCUGGGUUCUGAUUAUGGUUUUUGGAUAUCAAGGUUCGUUGAAUUGUCUUUAAAUUUCUAUUCAUUUUCAAUUUCAUGAAAAAGAACGCGGCUAAAAUCCAUUCGAACUGAAUUUUUCGUUGAACAAAUGGGCAUAGUAGUAAUUUGUCUUAGCUUGAUUAGCUAAAUAAAUUAUUGGUAGCAAUAAUAAUAAUAAUUGUAUCAGAUUUAUUUUAUCGGCGAAGCGUGUUUAAUAUAAUGUAAUCAAAUAGACAACCCACAAAAACUAAAAGAAAUAUAUUAAAAUGUAUAUAAUACAAUUGAAUUGUUAAAUAUAUUAGAUUAAAAUAAUCUAAUAAACUCGUAAAACGACAUUGUUACAAGUUACAUAAAGCGAAUUGUUGUUUCUUUUACAAUAAAAGAAUAUAAAAGUACGAUAAAGGUCAUAUUAAUUUUAAAUAUAGUUUUAUCACAAAGUAUAAAGUAUGAUAGGGCUAUAGGUUAUAGACAUUAUUUGAUUAGAAAAAUGAAUGCAUUAACAGAAUACAAAUUGAAAAUUUUUAAUAGUAACUAUAAAAAAUUAGCCAACCAUUGCCGGAACAAGCGUCUACUGCGAAAAAGUGCAAAAAUAAAAUGACAUUUAAAUUAAGAAUUAACAAUAAAGAGAUUUAUAAUUGAUGCAUUGAAACUGAGUUUGAAAAACGAAAAAUCGAAAAUACAACCCACCUUGAAAUUACAUAUUUGUUAUAUACCUGUUAUAAUAUUAUUAAACUAAUUUAUGAAUAUUACAUAGCUGCAAAUAAAGCAUUUUAAAC